GCGAAAUGCGACGAGGUCAAUUGCCUCGCGGCUUCUGCGCAGCCGCGUUCUUGGUGAUGCAAUGCGCACCACAACGCAUGACGGCCACGAAACAAGCUGUCUCUGUACUACCUAUCCUACAGAAAAUUCGAUGGAGGAGCACCGCCCAUCGCCCGUCAAGGAUGGACCAAGACUACGAGCACUCUCCAAGUAGCAUGUAUCGCGCAACAGCCAUCAAUGGGUCGGCAAGCACUGCCGGAAAUCCAAGCGCUCGUGCAGGUACUACUUGGGCACUCUUCCCGAAACUGUUUGAGGCCCCCAACGUUAUGAUUGAGUUUAAGUGCCCAGCAAAUCUGAGCUCAUCAGUAGCUGAGUUCAUGGCUCGCGAUGCCGGAGCGAAACACGUCCAUGUUCGCCGCGAUGGAGUGAUCGAGGUGGUGUGCAGCGCCACCGACAUUGACGUAGUGCAAGGUGUGCUGGCUCCACUUGGACCCAUCUAUGCCAGGCCAGUGGUGAACUGUCCCAAGAUUCUCUCGCGCGACGUGCGCAACAUGAUCGCCACCACUUUUGAGUACUGUCAAAUUGCCGCAGCUUUCACGUCGCCGUACUUGGUCAAGUCGUUGGCGCACCUUUCAGACCAUGGAGACAAUGCAACGGUCGCUGCAAGUGUUGUCAGUUUGUGGGUAUUGUCGCUCUUGGCUGGGUCGAUGGUACCGCGACGAAGUGCAUCGCCGCAUCUCGUGCUGUCUGCAGCGACCGCUUCGUUCGCGCUCACUCCUGCAGUUUACUACGUGCUGUAUUGCUAGCGCCUUCGAAUCGUGCCGAGGACAUCAUGUCUACUCAAAAGAUUUGCAUGGAAAGUGGAAAAUCGUCUGACCAGCUGGACUUGUGUUUAUAUGAGAUGCAAUGUCCCAAUAAUGUCAGGAGUAGUCCAAACACCGUUUUGAUAAACAACAUCGGC